AAAGGGAAGAGGGCAGUCUGUAAACUCCCGCAAGAUCAAGCUCUCGAGCUCCCGUCUUGGGUUAGCGCGCAGGGCGGAAGCGGGGAGAAGGCGGAUCCGGGAGGCGGGGAUACGUUACGCCGACGCGGGCGUGACCCUGGGCGAGAGGGUUUGGCGGGAAUUCUGAAAGCCGCCGGCGGAGCGCGCGCAGCGGCCAGAGACCUCGCCCUAAGGAGAGUGCGGCGCUUCCCGAGGCGUGCGGCUGGGAGCUGAAACUCAUCUGGGUUGUGCGCAGAAGGCUGAGGCAAGCAAGUAGAGAAGUGGAGCGUAAGCCAGGGGCGUUGGGGGCCGCGCAGGUCGGGCGCGUGCCACGCCCGCGGGGUGAAGUUGGAGCGCGCGGCCUGCUGGAGAGGGGAGCGCUGCGGACCGAGUAAUGGCAAUGCAGAUGCAGCUUGAAGCAAAUGCAGAUACUUCAGUGGAAGAAGAAAGCUUUGGCCCACAACCCAUUUCACGGUUAGAGCAGUGUGGCAUAAAUGCCAACGAUGUGAAGAAAUUGGAAGAAGCUGGAUUCCAUACUGUGGAGGCUGUUGCUUAUGCACCAAAGAAGGAGCUAAUAAAUAUUAAGGGAAUUAGUGAAGCCAAAGCUGAUAAAAUUCUGGCUGAGGCAGCUAAAUUAGUUCCAAUGGGUUUCACCACUGCAACUGAAUUCCACCAAAGGCGGUCAGAGAUCAUACAGAUUACUACUGGCUCCAAAGAGCUUGACAAACUACUUCAAGGUGGAAUUGAGACUGGAUCUAUCACAGAAAUGUUUGGAGAAUUCCGAACUGGGAAGACCCAGAUCUGUCAUACGCUAGCUGUCACCUGCCAGCUUCCCAUUGACCGGGGUGGAGGUGAAGGAAAGGCCAUGUACAUUGACACUGAGGGUACCUUUAGGCCAGAACGGCUGCUGGCAGUGGCUGAGAGGUAUGGUCUCUCUGGCAGUGACGUCCUGGAUAAUGUAGCAUAUGCUCGAGCAUUCAACACAGACCACCAGACCCAGCUCCUUUAUCAAGCAUCAGCCAUGAUGGUAGAAUCUAGGUAUGCACUGCUUAUUGUAGACAGUGCCACCGCCCUUUACAGAACAGACUACUCGGGUCGAGGUGAGCUUUCAGCCAGGCAGAUGCACUUGGCCAGGUUUCUGCGGAUGCUUCUGCGACUCGCUGAUGAGUUUGGUGUAGCAGUGGUAAUCACUAAUCAGGUGGUAGCUCAAGUGGAUGGAGCAGCGAUGUUUGCUGCUGAUCCCAAAAAACCUAUUGGAGGAAAUAUCAUCGCCCAUGCAUCAACAACCAGAUUGUAUCUGAGGAAAGGAAGAGGGGAAACCAGAAUCUGCAAAAUCUACGACUCUCCCUGUCUUCCUGAAGCUGAAGCUAUGUUUGCCAUUAAUGCAGAUGGAGUGGGAGAUGCCAAAGACUGAAUCAUUGGGUUUUUCUCUGUUAAAAACCUUAAGUGCUGCAGCCUAAUGAGAGUGCACUGCUCCCUGGGGUUCUCUACAAGCCUCUUCCUGUUGUGACUGCCAGGAAAAGGCUUCUGGGAAAACAGCUAUUUUAUCAGCUUUUCUGAUGGUGUAAACAGGAGACAGGUCAGUAGUCACAAACUAAUCUAAAAUGUUUAUUCCUUCUGUAGAGUAUUAAUCUCUGUGUGUUUUCUUUGGUUUUGGAGGAGGAGUAUGAAGUAUUUUUGACAUGGUGCCUUAGGAAUGACUUGGGUUUAACAAGCUGUCUAUUGGACAAUCUUACGUUUCCAAGAGAACUAAAGCUGGAGAAACCUGACCCUUCUCUCACUUCUGAAUUAAUGGUAAAAUAAAAUGCCUGAGCUAUGUAGCAAAGGGAAUGGGUCUCUGCACAGAUUCUUUUUUUCUGUCAGUAAAACUCUCAAGCAGGUUUUUAAGUUGUCUGUCUGAAUGAUCUUGUGUAAGGUUUUGGUUAUGGAGUCUUGUGCCAAACCUGCUGGGCCAUUAGCCCUUCACCACCUACCUGCUUGGUCUUUUAUUGCUAAGACUAACUCAAGAUAAUUCUAGAGUCUUAAGCAUUUCAGGCCAGGUGUGGUGUCUUGGCGCCUGUAAUCCCAGCACUUUGAGAGGCCGAGGCGGGUGGAUCGCUUGAGCCCAGGAGUUUUAAGUCCAGCUUGGCCAAGAUGGUGAAACCCCAGCUCUACAAAAAAUGCAGAACUUAAUCUGGACACACUGUUGCACGUGCCUGUAGUCCCAGCUACUCGAUAGCCUGAGGUGGGAGGAUCACUUAAGCCUGGAAGGUGGAAGUUGCAGUGAGUCGAGAUUACACCGUUGCAUUCCAGCCAGGGUGACAGAGUGAGACCAUGUUUCAAACAAGAAAGCAUUUCAGAGGCUAAGUAAACAGAUUUUAUUAUGAGGCUUCUAAUAAAGUAGUUAUUAGUAGUGAAUGUGCUGUUCAUAGCAAUUAUUGCAGUGCAAGCUAUUUCAAGACAGGGUUUCCAUAAUCUUUUUGGCACUGUAUAGGGGUGAUCAGUUUCUGUUACUUUAAGAUUUGAAACCAGAAAAGAAAGUCCCACUUGCAGAUGAUUGUGCUUAAAACCUAAUGGAAAAUAAAAGAAAGACAUACCAUG